CUGACUAAUAUUUAUCGUUCCUUUUUGUUUUACCUUACACAAAAAAAACUCCUUUUUAAAGAUGACCAAAACGCAAGAGUUAUUUGGUGCAUUCAAGCAUGUGUGCUCAGAUGACCUAGUCUGCUCCACUUUCAGCAGUUUUCUGUCAGUCUUUACUCAGCGAAUGACGGGUGUUGCCUCCUCCUGUUUCCUGCACCUGUGAAACACAGAGGCAGGCAUAACGAGAACCACAACCACAUUCGCUUGCCUCCACAUGACAUGUCCCUCCUCUCCUCUGUCUCGCCUCCACGCGGCGCGUUUCUCCUCUUCUCUCGGUCUCGCCUUCGAGCUCCACAGCAGAUGAACGCGUCUCUGGGUGCACAUCUGAAAGCGGCCAGUGGCGACUGCAACCUGACCCACUUCAGGUACCCUCUCUUCAGGAUCACCUACAGUCUGGUGCUGGUCGUGGGCUUGCCCCUCAAUGCCGUUGCCCUGUGGAUGUUCGUAUGCCGGCUGGGUCUGCACAGGUCCGUGCCCGUGGUGUACAUGGCCAACCUGGCCCUGUCUGACUUACUCUUCACCCUCUCGCUUCCUCUGCGCAUCACCUACUUCACCACGGGCAGCUGGACGCUGGGAGACUUUGCCUGCAUGGUUCCAGGGACCAUGUUCACCGUCAACCUCUACUCCAGUUCUCUCUUCAUCACACUGAUCAGCAUGGACCGGAUGCUUGCCGUGGUGUACCCGCUCCGCUCCCGGGCGCUUCGCACGCUGCCUGCAGCCUGGGUUGCUUGCGGGGCAGUGUGGCUUGCCAUCACCGCGCUGGCCAUACCUGUAGCCCUCAACCACAAGGCCAGCACAGAUAAGGAGUGCAAUGUGUCCCGCUGCUUCGAGCACUACUCGGACGAAAACUGGCGUUUUGGCUUCAACAUCCUGUGUGCCGUGACGGCAGUGGGAAUCGUCCUGCCCUUCGCCAUCAUCCUGGGCUGCACGGUGGCCGUAGUGCGGCAGCUGAGAGCCACAGCAUCAUCCCUCACAACCCCCUCCCAGCGCGGCAUGAACAGGCACAAGAUGGUGUGGCUCUUCAUGUCCAACCUGCUGAUCUACGCCAUCUGCUUCAUACCUUUCCACGCUGCCUUCAUCCUUUACGGCCUCCACAAGCUGCACUACCUGGGCUACAACUUCUUCGACGUGCAGACCAUCACCAUGUGCUUGGCAAGCACCAACAGCUGCUUGGAUCCACUCAUUUACUACUUCAGCGCCAAGACCCUGCAGAGGAAAACAGAAACAGCGGAGACGAGAGAGCAGGGAUCGUCCCCUAUAUAUUUCUCUGUGUCCUUGAGAGCACUCCUUCAGUGACUAAAAACACUGCCUUUUACCAGCACAGGAGGUUUGAAAGGUUUGGAAUUCAACAGGAUGUCAUGCACUUGUCUAUUCCAGAGCUGUGCGCGCUCAGGACGUUCAUGUUCCCGCUCCAGGGAGCUUCAUGUGUCACACUUUUCCCGCAGUGUUCAUCUGGAAAACCUCGGGUAAAUUAAUCAUACUUAAAUCCUUCCUGACCUGUGUGCAUGUGUUUUGCAGCAGGAAAAUUGUGAAACAUGCACUUUGUGAGUCUGAGCCUGGCAGGUUACGUAAGUAGAUCAAGUAAUGUGAAUCUAUUGUCAACAUUUUACUUUUUAUUUGUAGUGUUAACAAUUAAAAAAAAAAAAUUCAUUUGCGUCUUAAACCCCCCAAAUAGAGUGGAGUUCAGGGGUUUAUUGCACUUUGUGCAAAGGCACAGUGUUUCUGUCACAUUGAGCCUGUAACAUGCAUUUGUAGGAAAAUAAGUGUAAACAUAUGCAUUCUUAUUUGUAGGAAAAUAAGUGUAAACAUAUGCAUUCUUAUUUGUAGGAAAAUAAGUGUAAACAUAUGCAUUCUUAUUCUAAAGUGCUUUCUUAUGUACCCAGUGUGUUGUGUACCUUGUAAAACUGUGCAGUACAUUUUGGUGGUCUAAGUAUGCAGUACUGUUUCGCUUACCUGGAUUUCUCCUUUUUUGUUGUUAUUUACCAGCAGAGUAGACAGAGAUGAGAACACAGAUUUCUAAUAUUGAAUAAUAUAGUUCCUCAUAGAUCCCCUGACUGUGACCCCAUCAAUCCUUUUAAUAGGCUAGUAGAAAAAUCCUCCAGGGUCAAGGGUCACAGUGUAUACGUGUUUAUGCAGGACAGUAGUACACAAGGAUCUUCCUCGGUAACAAACACCUCCACGUCUCGCUGAGCUAUUGCACUGCACUGUGCCACCAGGCAGUCUGGCACUGGUAAAGAGUACUGGGACUGGUACUAGUUAUGAUACUGGGAUAGCAGCCAGUCUGUGAAUUAGUCUAUAGUCUGAAUUUCUGAGUUGCUGUGAAGUUUGGUUAUUAUUGUUGUUAAUUUGCUUGCACAGUUUUGAGCAUUACAAAGAUACUGUGUGUACUAGUAAACAAAAUGUAGCCUAACAGACCUAUGUGUUAUUGAGGGAAACCACCAUGUGGCUUUGAUAAACUGCUGAGAAGUG